CAGUUGGCUAAAUAGAUAUAUUAGGUGGAGCCAUCAUAAUUCACAAGCUAUGAUUGAUCACGGUACUUACCUUAAAAAGUCAGUAAAAUAUGUUUUUCAAUUUUCAUCUUGAAGAAAAACAUAAUUGAUUUGAAGGCGUGCUGUGAUUGUUUCUUUGCUUUUCCUUUUAUUUAGCUAUAAAGAAACAACUGUUCAAAAUCUACAAGUCGUGACGCUCUUGUGUGUUAUGUUAUCCAUCAGAAGUAACUAGGAUGAACUAGAGUUUCACUUUUACAAGGUGCAAAGCAAUUAUACCUCAAAAUAAUUGAUUGAUCUUUUACGUUUUGGUGAUGGCUAUCAUUGGCUUUAGUUUAUAGUAAUUAAGAAAUCUGUGAUCUUACUUUCUUCAAUUUCUAUACCUAUUUUCUCUCUGUUUUUCUAGACUCUAGCUGUGCAUGCUUCUCCACAUUCUUUCUUCCUUUUAUAUUGUUGGCCUUCCAAGAUGCCAAUGAUAUGUAAAGAGACAAUUUCCUUUUAAAGGAAAAAGGAAAAUUCGAUUCUUGAUAUGAACUGUUUGUAUUACUAUUAAUCAUAUUUUAUCUUAUAGUGAGAUAUUGUAUACAGUUGAAGUUUAUAUGAAAAUCUAGUCUACUCUAAUGCAACACAAUUGCAACUUUGCUUCAUGAUACUUCCACCGGCUUCCUUACUAAACUUGGGUAAAUAUUUUUCAACUGUUCAUUCUCAUGUUUCUGUGUCGUUAAGCUUUUGGAAGAAAGAAUCUUCCAACAUUUUCCUUACUAAACUCUUAGCUAGCAACGGUACUGAGGAAGUCCAAUAUAUAGUAGCAGUUUGGAAGAAUUAAAAUAAAGUUGAGAGAGAAGGCUCGUAUCCCAAUGGCGAGUAUACCAAACUUGCUACUUGGACAUAUGACAGAUUGGAGAUAAUAGUAGACAGAAAAUUAACACCAAAUGUUAAACAUUCUGCGUGCAACUGUUACAAUUCAUCAAAGCCAAGAAUUCAAUCUCUCUCUCUCUCUGAUCAUAACUUGGGUCAAAAGGAAGAAAAGUGAUGUUGGACCUGUCAAAGCCAAUCAUUUCAAAUUCUGAUACACUUCUUUGCUUUGCUUUGCGUGGAUCGAAAGCCUUGGGCCUUGUAUCGCAUAUUCCAAAGCUCAUUGUGGUGCUACUGUCCCUGAAAAAGCAUGUGGUCUUGUCUUGUACUACUUCCACAUCAAAUUUGCCAUCAAUCUCAAAACCCAACGCAAUCCUCACUCACUUUAAUGUGAGCUUGUCCUUGAUUUGAUGUUACAUAGUAGUAUAUAAAUACAACCCUGUCUGUUUGUCUCUCUCACUCAUUGGAUUAACCAUAUCAUUUCAAAUUGCUUCGGAACUGUUGUGUCUCAAUACUCAUUAUUGUACUUAUCUGUCACUCCCGAGUCCUGGUCGUCCUUCUUCAACAUUUCAUCUCUAGUUUGAUUUUGAAUUUCAUCACUCCUUAGCGUCACUUAUCUCCUCUCAGCAGUUUUCAUGGAGAUUGUGGAGUUAAAAGUGGAAAUGGUUUGUGUACACGAGAAAAGACUAAGGAAAUGUCUAUCAAAAUUGAAAGGGAUAGAGAAGGUGGAAGUGGAUGCUAACUGCCAAAAGGUAGUGGUGACUGGGUACAUACACAAGAACAAGAUCCUAAAAGCAGUGAGAAGGGGGGGUCUCAAGGCUGAUUUCUGGUCUGCGCAGAAUGAAUUGCUUAAUGCUUAUGUCAGUGCCACAUAUACCAGCUUUAGAUUCAAUCCCUUCAACUUUUUCUAGUUUCUUUCACAUCCUCCAACCCCAUCAAAAUAUGAUAUAAUAGGUUCUUUCUCUUUUGGAGUUUUCUUAUUGGGUCUCUCUCUAUAUAUAUGGAUGACAUGCAUGUUCUAUUUUUUUUCUCUCUCAUUCCAUGGAAGGAUGAAAGUCAGAAACCAUGACCAAUCAAAUGUCACAAGAACAUCUAUAUCAAAAUGGUUGGGUUAUGACUUAUGAGUUAUGACACUCUUUUUUCACAAU